AGCCGAGCCGGACCUCCUCACCGGCCUGCUCACUCGCUAGCAGCUAGCUCUAACUUAACUAAAGCGGCAAGUGUAGUGUGCUGGUUUGAUCGUCCAUCGGCGGCCGGAGAUGGACACGGUGAUGAGGAAGCAAGCUGUGAUGGCGUGCGCGGUGCUGCUGCUGGUGGUGCUGGCCGGCGGCGGCGCGUCCGCGGCGUCGUGCAACGCCGGGCAGCUGGCGGUGUGCGCGGCGGCGCUGACGUCGGGCGCCAAGCCCUCGAUGGCGUGCUGCUCCAACCUCAAGGCGCAGCAGGGCUGCUUCUGCCAGUUCGCAAAGAACCCCGCAUACAGCCGCUACAUCAACAGCCCCAACGCGCGCAAGGUCGUCGCAGCCUGCGGCGUCGCUCUGCCACGCUGCAGCUAGCUAGCUACUUGAAUUGAUCACCAUCAUCACCAUCAUCAUGUCUCUGCUAUCCUAGCUAGCUACAUCACAUAUAUAUACAGUCGUGUAUGUACGUGGCUGCUUGCUGUUCAUCGAGCCGCUACGGAUACAAGAAAUAAAAGAUGGCUGCUCCCUACUUUGUUGUGUAUCAAUCAAUCCUCAAUAUCUAUCCUCAGCUGAACAGCUCGUGUUUA